AUGGAGAAAAUAUUUGAAAAAUUGGCACUUUUAAUUGACCAGACUACCUCUAGUAAUGCAUUAGUUAAGGGUUAUUUUGAAAAAGCAAAAGACUCAAUAAAAAUGGCCCAUAUACCAGUGGAAUGUAAAAGAGGAGAUUGUUUAAUAUUUCUUUCACAAUGUUUAAUAAAUGGAAAAAGUCGUUUAUCUCAUGUGGCAUUUGAAGGUCUUCAAUUUAUCAUUCAAGAUUCAACAUACUCUUCAGAUUAUUCAACAAAAAAAGAAGAAGAUACAUUACCAUCACAAUUGGUUAAAAAUUUUCAAAAAAUGCCAGAAUGGGAUAAACAAAUUCAGUGUCAAAGUUUAACAUUAAUUAUGCAACUUUUUUCAUCAUCUAAUAUUAGAAUAAGUAGUGGAAAUAUAGAUGAGUGUAUGCAAUUAUGUAUAAAAACGUAUCUAGAAACUGAAGAAACUAGUGUUAAAUUAGCUGUACGAGGAACAAUAACACAAAUAAUAAAUUCAUUUUGUUUAAAUAAGUAUGCUAAAACUAUACCUGGUAAUCAAGAUGAAAUAGCUGUUUUUAUGGAAAUGACAGCAUUAAUAAAAAAAUUUAUUACAAGACUAAGAACAGAAGAAUUGGUUGUUGAUGAAAUAACACUAUUAUUAGAUGCUAUAUAUUCAUUAUUAAGUGUACAACCAAUUAGUGUCUGUAAACAUAAACCAUUUUUGAAUGCUUUAGAUGAAGAUUUAGGUGUUUUGAUAAAAAGAAUGUUUGAAUGGUGUUCACCAAAACGUUCAAAACAGGGACUUCAAUUACCUAGUAUUUUAGGAUCAGAAAAAAAUUCCUCCAAAGUUAUAAUACCUGAUAUAUUUUUUUCUAAUGAAAUGGUUUCAAGUAUAUAUCAAAUAAUAGAGCAUUUAAUUAGAAUAUAUUCAAAAAAUGAAGAAUCACAAGAUACUUUAAAUAAAUUAUUUCAUUUAGUUUUCCUUCAACCACCAGUUUCAGUUAGAGGUGAAGCAUUAAAAUUGAUAAAAAGAUUAUUUACAAAUCAAGUGAUGCUUUUUUGUAUUGGAAGACUACUAUUACAAAAAUCAUUUUUUUGGAAUAUUAUUAUGGAUUGUCUAUUAGAAUGUAGUCAAUGUAAUAUUCCUCAAAUUUUAAUUGAAGCUAUUAAGAUUCUUGGAACAAUUUCUAAUGGAUUUUGUGAAUUAAAACAUAUAUGUAAUGAGAAAGGAAAUAUUGAAUUUAUUAAAGAAAAUUUUCCAUCUUAUCAACCAAAUGUUGAUGUCUUUUAUAUCAAUGAGAUAAAUGAAGAUGGUUCUAGUAUUGAAAUAAAUAAAAAAGUAAAUAUAGAAAAUGAAACAUUUUUAGAUGAAGGAAAUACUAACAAUGAUAUUUGUUUAAAAGAAUUGGCAAAAAUUUUUGUUAAUUUUGUUAAAGAGAAACUUGAUAAGAUAUUAGAAAGUGAAAGUUAUGGAGAGAUAGAUGAAAUUGUACAAAAUUUAUCUGUUGAUAUUUAUAAAAAAAGUCAAACAUUAGAAAAUAUAAAUUCACACUAUGUUGUAAGUGAUUUAAUAUAUCUAACAAUAUGGUCAACAUUUAUGUAUGAAUCUGUAAAAUUAAAUAAACAUAAUUUAGACAAAGAGGUAUUUCUAGCAAUUAUAACUCAUUCAGGAUCUUUAUUAUUUAUGAAUGAAAAUUUUGUUAAUGAAGUAUUUUAUCUUCUUAGAAGUAACGAUGUUUCAAUAUUUAAUGGUAAAGAAUUACUUAAUAAAGAUGGAAAAGUUAAUUUAUUAUUUGAUAUGAUUGAAGAUAUUACUGGAUUUGUUUUAGGUAUUGGUAAUUCAUCAAUAAAUAAAGAUAAUGAUAAUGAAAAUUUUAUUAAAAAUUUUAAUAAAACUAUUCAUUAUAUGUUACAUUAUUUAAUUUCAUCAAGAUGGGAAGUUUUUUGUAUACUAUUAGCUAAACAAAGUAUCAAAGGUGAAAAACGUUUUUUAAAAGAAAAAUGUUUAAGUGAAAUAAAAACUUUACAAUCUCUUGCAAAAAUGUCAUUAUCAUUAAAUUAUUCUACAGGUGUUGAAUUUGCACUAGAACAUCUUGUUGAUUUAAUUUGCCCUCUAGAAGAAAUAAGAACAAGAGAUUUUACAAAACCUAAAUAUAUGGAUUUUAGAAAAAUAUGGCAAGAUGGAAUUGAAGAUUUAGAAGGAAUUUCAUUUAUUAUUGAGUAUGGUCUUAAUUUUGGAAUUCUUGCUUCAAUAACCUGGAAACAUAUAAUUACAACAUUAGAAUAUAUUUAUGAAAUGUCAUUUCUUUUACCUCAAGAAUUAAUUACAACCUCAACAAAUGAAAAUUGUAUUCCCUCUUCUCCAUUACCAAUACCAACUGCUGAAAAUAGUUUUGCCACAAAAGAUAUUGUUAAAAUUUUAUAUUAUUUAAAUCAUAUUGCUACUAAAUUUAUUGAUACAGCAUCAUUAAUGUUACCUUUACCAGAUUUAAGACGUUUUGUUAUUGCUAUUGGAAAUGCUAUUGAAAAUAAAUGGAAAUGGUGUGAUGAAAAAAUUGCUGUAGAAAGUAAGAGUGAUUUAUUUAGUGUUUUAAAAACUAUUAUGUUUAAAAGUAAAGGAAAACCAUUAAUACAUACGAUGAGUGUUUGGAAUUUAAUAAAAAUUCAUCUUAUUGAUAUGGCUAGUAUUAGAAAUAAAGAUAAAGUUGUUACAAAUUCUAUUGAAUGUAUGAAAGAUUCUACUAUUAUUCAUUUAAGAAAUGAAAAAGAAGGUUUUAAUACAAAUAUGUUUUUUUUUGAUUCAUUUCAAUUAUUAGUUGUAAAAGAUGUUUUAACAAUUGAUGGUAAAGAACAAAUAAUUCAUAUAUUUAGUGAUAUUGUAACAAGAUAUAACUCAUCUUUAGGCACUGGUUGGAAGCCACUCUUCUCGGCUCUUAAAUCUAUUAAUAAUGCCGCUGGAUAUGGGGAAAGUUCAGUCUCAACAUAUAUAUCAUUUGCUAUUAUGGAUGUAUUUGCCAAAUAUAUGGAAAUAAAAGACAUUUUUAUUCAAAUGAGUACAAUGUCAGAGUUUAUUGUUUGUUUAACACAACAUAUGCAGUCAAAAGGAAUGAUAUUUGGAACUUGUGACAUCAACUCAGAUAAAGAGGAAGAAGAUGAAAUUCUUGGGGAGGCAGCUUUAUGUUGUAUUUCAAAAAUACAAAUUUUAUUACUCCGUCGUUUUAAUGAUAAUGACUUUAAUCCAAUUGGACAAUUAUUAAAAAGAAUUGAUAAAAGAGUUAUUGAGUUAGAAAAUGAAAAUGAAAUAAGUAAAAAAAUUAAUGAAAGAAUUCAUAAUUUAAAGGAUAUUCAAUUAUCAAUAGAAGAAGACAUGUAUUUUGGUAAAAUUUUUAAAAAAUUAACCUCUUCAAAUAUAAAUUUAUCAAAAGAAUAUAAUGUUGAAAUAACAGAAUCAUGUUGGAAUAAAUUUUCAGAUUCACAAAAAUGUGUUAUUGAAUUAAUUUUAUCUUUAUGUGAACAAUUAGCUGCUUUAUUAAUAACUUGUAAUCAACAGAUGCACAGUAAAAUACGACAAAAUUUUGUUGAUUUUUUAAUGACUAUUAGUAGUUCAAAAAUUGGACCAAAUUUAACAGGAUACAUAUUUUGUAAUAAUCUUCUUCCAAUAAUGAAUAAUUGGCUUACGACAGAUUCUUUUGUUGAUAAAGAACAAGGAGAAAUUAGUUGUGGAUUAAAAAAUUUUAGGCAAACGAUGGGUUUGAUAACUAAUUUAGCACAAGAAUACAUUUCAGAAAAUUUGAAUAAUUUAUGGACAGAAAAAAUAUUAUUAGAUUUAUUGGAAUUAUUCAACAAUUCAAUAUCACAAUCUUGUAAUUUAGCAAUACCAAGAAUAGCAAUUUCUUGUUUGAAACAUUUAACACAAUCUUUGUGUAAUAUUUUUACACCUAAUUGUUGGUUAAUCUUAUCCUACUCAUUAUAUAAAACAUUUUUAAUAACAUUACAACCAUUAAGAGAAUUAUGUGAAGUUUUUUAUCCAAAAUUUAAUGAAAUGGGUAGUAUUGAAUUAGUUUUAAAAGAAAAUUUUGAAACAUCUGAAGGAAAGGAAUUAUUUUUAUUAGCCAAAGAAAUGUUUUUUAUUGAAAAUGAAAAUUGUUCAAAUGAAAAUAAUUGUGUUAUGGUUAAUGGUAUUAUUACAAUAAGAGAAAAUGUAAAAGAUUGUGAAAAUGUUUCUAAAAAUAUUUUAAUAAAAGAAAUUUUCAAUAAUCUUGUCAAUCAUAGACUACUUCUGAAUUUUAUUGAUGAAAUUCUUUUAACACCAUGUUUUAAAGACAAGAACUUUGACAUGUGUUUGACAUCAAAAAAAAUUUUUUUAAUAAUGUUACUAUGUUCAAGUUACGUCACUUCAGAAGCAGAUAAAAGACCAGCCUUGAAAAAUAUUAUCAAAAAGAUAGUUAAUGAAGAGAGGGAGGCUAAUUUUUAUAAAUUAACUGGAGCAACAUGGUCCGUAUUACUCAAUUCUUUUUAUAGUCUUUCUGUUAAUAAUGAUGAAGCUAAUAUAAAAGAAUACCUCUAUAAUUCAGAAAGUUGUCAUUGGGUUACACUUCUUCUUCUAACAUUUAAUUGUUUAAAAGACACGAUAGUUGUUUUAGAAAAUGAAUCUAUUGGUAGCAGAAUUUCUGCAGCAAUAAGAGAAAGAUGUGAAUUAUCAACAGAAUUUACACUCAUCCAACUAGAUAAUAGUGAAUACUCAAACAAUGAUGAAGAGAAAGUUUAUAAAAUAAUAAAAACAGAAAAUAGUAUUGAUGAAUUUAAUCUUAAAAAGAAACGUGUUUCAAUAAAUGCGAUGCCAAAAAGAAUGAAUCCAUUUUCAAGUACAUCUAAUUUAACGUUAACAAAAGACUUUUCUGAAGAUACUGAUAAAAAUUCGUAUAUGUCGUAUAUUAUGGAUACAGAUUUAAAUAUUAUGACAUUAUCUUCAACAUUAUCAAAAUUAAUAUUACGCUUUGUUAAUGAUGAAAAAAUUAAUUUUGAAAAAAUGUUGCCUUUAUUUAAUAUUGUAAUUCCUGAUUUAAACAGAAUUUCAACAUCCAUAGAUGUUCGAAAUGCUAUUAGUUUGUAUAUGGAAAGAAUUAUAAAUAACUAUAAUUUUGGAUUUGCUUCACAAGUAGAAACUACUAAAUAA